AUGGAAUUGGCAAAUUCUAAUAAAGAAAUUGCCAGUUGUGUUAAAGCUGCUGUUCGUGUUCGUCCAUUAUCAAAUAAUGAACAACAAGAUCUAUGUCAAACAUGUGUUGAUGUACAACGAACAACAAAUGAGAUUAUUUUAGCUAAUAGUACAGCUUUUACAUUUGAUCAUGUUUUUUUAUCGGAAAUCAGUCAAGAAGAUCUCUAUCGUGAAUGUAUUUAUGAUAUGAUAGAAGGAUGUUUUCAAGGUUAUAGUGCAUCUAUACUUGCCUAUGGUCAAACUGGUUCUGGAAAAACUUUUACUAUGGGUAGUGGAAUUGAAUAUAUGGAUCCUUCGAAAGAAGGAAUUUUACCUCGUGCCAUUAUGCAUAUAUUUCAAAGAUGUGCAAAUUAUGAACGUGAAGCAGAAUUAAAAGGUAUUGCACUUGCAAAAUGUGUAGUUUCAUGUCAAUUUAUUGAAAUUUAUAAUGAAAAUAUUUAUGAUUUAUUUAAUAAAGAAAAUAUUGAUUUUCGUUCACAAAAAAAUAUUGAUAAACAUGUCGUAUUUGAAAAUAGUAAUGGAGAAAUAGCAGUGACAAAUAUUACAACAAGAUUUGUUACUACGGCACACGAGACACUUGAUUGUUUAAGAGAAGGUGCUCUUUGUCGAACAACAGCAUCAACACGUAUGAACAGUGUAUCAAGUCGAUCACAUGCCAUAUUUACUGUAAAUUUACAAUUUGAACGUGUUGUUUCAUCAACAUCAGAUACAAAUAUACGUGAACAAAUUCGUGCUAAAAUUCAUUUUGUUGAUUUAGCUGGAUCAGAAAGUUUAAAACGAACAGGUGCAACAGGUCAACGUGCUAAAGAAGGAAUUAGUAUUAAUAGUGGUUUGCUUGUUCUCGGUAAUGUGAUAUCAAUCUUAGGUGAUCCAAUGAAAAAAGGAGCACAUGUACCAUAUCGUGAUUCAAAAUUAACUCGUUUAUUACAAGAUUCAUUAGGUGGCAAUAGUCGAACAUUAAUGAUAGCUUGUAUAUCACCAGUUGAUCGUGAUUUUUCUGAAACAAAAAGUACACUUAAUUAUGCUCAACGUGCACGUAAUAUUCGUAAUCGUGUUAAAGUAAAUCAAGAUAAACAUAGUCGACAAAUCAUACAAUUACAAAUGGAAAUCGAACGAUUACGUGCAUUAGUUGAUAAAAAUGAACAUUUAUCAUCAAGUGAAUUCGAUCAAACGAGUAAUAGUGCAUUAAAUCAAGAACUUGAACGUAUACGUUCAUAUAUAUAUACAAUACAACGUUCAAUAAAUGAAACAAAUAUAGUAUCACAAACAUUAAAAAAUGAACUAGAAACUGUUCGUGAUCAUCAACAAAUAAAUGAUACAACAUUUGAUUAUAAUCAAGCAUUAAAUCAAUGUUUAUUAAAAAGUGAUGAAAUUCAAUCUCGAUUAUCACGUAUGAAUGAUAUUAGUAGUAUACUUCGUAAACGUAGUCCAAUAUCAAAUCGUCGAAAAAGUCGUUUAUCAACAAGAUCCGUUUCAAUUGAUCAAACAUUAUCAAAUGAAUUUAAUCAAAAUUCAAUAGGUUCAGAUGAAUUACAACCAUGUAUUGAAGAUAUUCGUCAUGAAAUUGAUCGUCUUCGACGUGAAGAACAAUUACUUCGUGAAAAUGGUUCAGCUAAAUCAAAUCGUAUUGAUUUUAGUACAAUUCCAGGUUCACCUCAAGAACUACAUGAAAUUCCUAAAAAACGUAAAAUUGAAGCUCUUUAUUCUCUAUCAACAAAUCCAUCAACAGAAACAAUUGAUAGUCGUUCAAAUAUGCCAAUUAUUGAAGAACAAGAACAUAUUAUUAAUAGUGAAGAUGAUGAUGAACAAGUACAAACAGCUAUUGAUGAUGAUGCUCAAAGUGAAUCUGAUGUACAAGAAGAAAAACUAUUAAUAAUAACAACAGAAAUAAAUGCAAAACAAAAAUGUCUUGAAAUGCUUGAAAAUGCACGUAAACGUAGUGAACUUACACGACAACGAUAUGAAGAACGUAUAAAAUUACUUUCUGAACGUAUACAUAAUGCUGAAGAUGAAAAACAAGUUGCUGUAACAAAAUUAAAUACCAUUGGACGUGAUCAACAAAAUAUUGAAGAAUUAAAAUUAGCUAGACGUGAUUAUGAAGAAAAAAUUCGUCGAUUAGAAAUUGAAAAUAAUGAAUUAUCAACAUUACGUGCACAAUAUGCUAUUUGUUUAAAAGAUGGUGAAUAUUAUAGAAAAGAAUUAUCUAAACAUACAAAUGAAUUAAAAGAUUUACGUAAAAUAAAAGUUCAAUUAACACGUGAAUUACGUCAAGAAUUUACACGACAUAAACAAGCUGAACAAGCAAAAGCAAGAGAAAUUGCUACACUUAAACGAACACAAAUGCAAAAAGAUAAUGAAAUUCGAACAUUACGUGCUCAACAUAAACAAAAAGAAAUGAUUCUUAAACGUAAACAACAAGAGGUUGCUGGACCCGGACCCGGACCCGGUCGCUUAAAUUUUUUGGAUCCAAACACAAUGACAAGUCAACCCGGACCCGGACCCGGUCAAAAUAAAAUUUUUGGAUCCGGACCCGAACCCGGACCCGGCCAAAGUAAAAUUUUUGGACCCGGAUCCGGACCCGGACCCGUGCGGGUCCGGGUACAUUUAUUACGACGUCAAAUGCGUUCAGGUAAAGUGCGUGCAACAACAAAAGAGAUGAGUGCACAUUAUACUGCUAUUCAACAAGGCAUUACAAAUGCAAUUCGUCGUCGAAAACUUAUUGCUGGUAUUAAUCGUGAUAUGAGUACAUUAAUUGAAAAUCGUGAAUGUGUGAGUCGUAAACGUGAACGGUAUUGUAAACGAUUAAGUAAUGCUAUUGUUAAUAGUACAACUAAUACACAACAAUCUGAAGAUCCAACAUGUAAACCAUUACGUGAAUCAAUAACAAAAUUAGAAAGUACAAUAGCAUAUCUUAAUUCUGAAAUUUCAUCAUGUCAACAAGUACUAAUGGUUUAUGAUGAUGAAGAACAAACACAUGAAUUAAUACAAGGACCAGAUCCACAAUUAAUUGUUGAUUGUGUUACAGAUAUUGAUGAACUUCGAUAUUUAUUAACAAAACUUAUUGAACAAACUAUUGAAAAAGGUUUCGAAGCUGAUGAAGCAAAUGAAUUAAUGUCUUAUGUUGAUUUAGUUGAAACAAUUCUUGUUAAAAAAGAAGAUAGUAAACCUACCGCUACACGUAUUAGAAAAGCUAUUGCAAAUACUAGUCAAGAUGAUUCAAUGGAUACAACACCUAUUCCAGAAGAAUUACCAGCAUCAACAACAGUUAUACUUCGACCAUUAUGUAAUUCUCCAAAUUUAUCUAAUUAUCAAACCGAACCAUUAUGUGCUGACUAA